AUGAAUAUGAAUACAUGUGUGGAUGAAAAAUGCAUCGACUGGGAAGGCAAGUCUGUACAGCACGGUCUUCUGUACGUGCCGGGACCGGGGGUCUGCUCGCUGUGCGUCUGCUAUCACACCAAGCCGAUGUGGUGCAAGGCCAUUUAUUGCGAUCCACCUUAUUUCUGCAAAAACUUCCGCGUCGGUGAGCGAUGCUGCGAGUUCGAAUGCCUCGACCCCCCGGGCGAAGACCAAAGAUACAGGGAGCGGCAGCGUCUUCGGGCCCUCAUUCUGGCUGGCAACUCGUCAGCCACACGACCCAGUCCUUUCCUCGAGCUCAAGGCGGGAAUAUCACUUCUCGCAGUAGCAGUUACUAGAUUUAUAUGA